GAUUCUGGUAGCGAUGGUACUCGGAUCCCGGCCCUCUCCGGCCAACCAUAUGCUUCAUGUUUGUGAAAUACCGAGGAAGGCCGCUACAGAAGGCGCACGCCGAUCUGCGAUUGCCGGCCUUUUACUCAGUUCUAUCGCAGCGAAGAGCACAUGGAGGAUGGCCCGCAUGGGGCACUGUGCUCACACGAGAUAACAGUGGGAACGGUACAAGGUUUGGUCAAGUCAAACCUUAUAGUACGCAAGCUACUUAAUCUAACGCUCCCCAAGCACCUGUAUCUCGGUCCCCUCCACAGGUCAAACCAGGGUCAAACGUACGUACAGCACUGACAUGCAGAACAUCGUUCUUCCCGUCGGCUGGGCGUCGGGCCCCAGAUACCUCCUGCCGGCUCAUUCAAGGUCCCUUCCCAACAUCAAGAUCGCAGCGCACGACCAGGAUGCCGAUGGAGCUACACGGGACGAAGGUAAUGCUCCCAGUGCGCACGAUGUACUUGGAGCACGACCACUCGCCACCCACAUAUCCGAUCGCUGUCCUAUCGAAAUCUACGAGAAUGUCAUCGAGUACCUAUACCCCUGGAAGCCCGCGCUGGCCAUUGCGGCAUUGGUUUCCCGGACAUGGUAUCCUCGCGCCGCUUCGCGCCUCUAUCACACCGUUGUCAUCAGAAGGCGCGCGAGCUACGAGUUGCUGGUGAAGCAGCUACGCACGUCGCCCCGUGUCCAGCGAUGGCUACAGUCUACACACAAAGUAGCGUUCCGCGAAGGCCCAGGUAUACCCUUCCUGGACGCCUUCCCUAUGGUCUUCGGCCCUGCUGCCCUGCCCUGCAGGUCCUCGACAUCAAUUGGAUCUGCGUCGUAACAUGCAUCCGACUUUCCAUCUUGCCUGCAUCAGCUCCAGCACAUCGUGUCCUUACGUCUGGAUGAAGUUCAACUGAGCAGUCCCAGUUGCGACAGAUUGUCUGUGCGUUGAAAUGU